GGCAGCCGCCGUCAGGCGCUGUACUCACGACUGCAUUCAAACAUAACACAUUGUUUAUUUACAAUAAAAUCAUUUUUUAUCACAGUGAACAGGACAAAACAACGCCACGCACUCACGAACCAUACCGCAUGGCUGACGAGGCGGCGGCGGACUGCCUCUUCGAGCGGCUCCGCCUGCACCAGCAACGCGCGCCUGACUCCACAGAGGUGGCGCGGGCUCUGACCGCGCGGAUCAACUCCAGGCUCACCUCCCAUGACAAGCAUGUUAGGCAAAGUACUCUUGAAAAACUAUGGAACAAACAGACAGGGGCUAUUCAAAUGCUACUAUCAAUACUGGAGAAUUCAAGGGACACCGCAACUUCUACGUACAUCACGUCGAUUCUAAGAGAAGCAUUGUGUUUAAAACAAGGCAAAGGAAAAAAAUGCUCGGUCAUCAAUGAGACAUCAGGUCAAAAGAAGAGAGAAAUAAAAAAGACAGGAAAGGAAAAUAAACCACCACUUAACAAAAAGGCGAACAACAUCGCAAGGCACCAAUGUGCUCAGCAUUUCAUAUCGUUAAAUGGGACUCAGGUGAUGAUUCGUACAAUCCUUGCCACACAUGGGAAACGCGACGGAAACGUGGGCACAGAGCUGAUGUUGCAGGACCUUGUCUGGAUAAUCGCAGCGUUGUCGCCGAAAGAUGCAAAAUUUGCGAUGAAAGUGCGAAUGCUAGGUUGCGUAAGAACAAUGCACCUGAUUCUAAAGGGACACUUCACAGAUAACAAGCUUAUUUUUCCGCUCUUAGUUAUUAUGAAGCAACUAGCCAAAAAUCCUGUAACAACAUCUAUUUUAAUUCGCGACGGCGUCAUCGCCACGUACGAGCGGGUGUUAGUGAGCCUCGGGUUUAUACCCACCGCCAGACUGCGCCUGUGUCUAGACGCUAUCGAUUACUUCAGUAAAAACAAGGUAUGCUGCAUGCAGAUUGUGAAGACAGGCCUUUGUAGCGUACUUCUCAGGGUGUUCGACCGCUGGGACCGCUAUGAGGGACGCAUGCGACUUAAGAUUUGUGCACAUAUCCUGCAGACACUUCAGCACUUGUGUAAUAUAAAAGCCGGCCGCAGAGCUUUAUGCACUAAAAAACACGUACAGACUCUACAUAGGUUCUGCUCUCAAUGCCCCGACGAGCCAGAGUUUGAUGGUCUUUUGGCUAGAGUAUGUUCCGUCAUCACACUGUGUUUGAAACACCAAGCACUGCCAGUACCAGUAACUAGUCCCGCUUCAUUUAACCUUAAUCCGAUCUUAAAAGGUACCAAUACUUCAUGGCCCUGUCAUGACGAUGAAGAAGAGGCUGCUAACUCAGAUUCGAAGACAAUCAAUUCUGAUUUGGACGAGGAUGGUCCCGAUACGGAUGUUGAAGGAAUCGAUGAGUUUCCUGACGUAGAGUUUGAUGAAAACGAAAUGAAACCCGAAGGAAAUGAAGAACCUUCAAAGGGACAAAUAAAAAGUGGAGACAGUUUGCAAAGUGCCCUCUGGAUUAAUCCAAAUGAGAGAGAUUUAGAAGACUUAAAGAAAUACUUCAUAUUCUUUAAAGAAUUCGGUUCCUAUAAUAAGCAAGUUAAAUUAGUUAAAAGUCGCUCCAAUUCGCGUGGAUCAAUACUUGAAGAUUUUCUUAUCUCACAAAGUUCGAAUAGAAACGUUAUGUCUUCUCUUAAUUUAUCUCUUACCACAAACUUAGGAAGUAUUGAGUAUGAAAAUUUUACCGGGCCCUCACAGUCGCCUUCUUUUCUGCAAGGGUAUCACAGAAUCCACGAAAGUGCUUCAACAACAUCGUGCUCUUCUCUAAAAAUCCACAAAGACAUUUCCAAGUUCUCUUCAUUCCCGUCUGUAUAUUCUACUAUAUCGUCCAGAGUAAAAAGUGUCAUUCCAUUUGUGAAAGUUGCGUAUCCCGAUAUGAUGGGAGGACAGGGUGCUAGCCAACCUGAGCCUUUGAAUAAAAUGGAGAGAACUGCAUGCAGGAACAAAUUGUUAUCGUGUGUAGACAGAGCAAUAAAUCCAGAAGCGUAUAUGAGUGAAGUUGUAUUUGAUUUAGAUACAUUGAGCUCCACGCCUAGCGCUACUAACGCCGACUCCACAUCGCAAAAAAGCUCCGAAAGCCUAUUCUUAACAAAUGUGGAUGAACAAGAAAUUACUAAAGUUAACAGUUUUUCCUCACGACUGAGCUUUGAAUCUAGAUUCGAGUCAGGAAAUCUACGUAAAGUAAUUCAGACAGGUCCAAGAGAGUACGAGCUGAUACUGAUGCCCGAUGUAAAUUCGACUAAACGUCACCAAUGGUUUUACUUCGAAGUGCGGAAUAUGCAACAAGGGCGUCCGUACAUAUUUAAUAUAGUGAAUUGUGAGAAAUCUGAUAGCCAGUUCAAUUUCGGCAUGAAGCCUGUUAUGUAUUCUGUGAAGGAGGCAGUACUAGGAAGGCCUGGUUGGGUACGGGCCGGAUCUGAUAUCUGCUACUACCGCAACAGCUACCACUACGCCAAUCAGAAGAGUCACAACAAAUGCUACCUCACUGUCACCUUCAAUAUUGAGUUCCCGCAUACAAACGAUGUUUGCUAUCUUGCUUAUCAUUUUCCCUUCACAUAUUCAAUGAUGUUGACUCGCAUAUGGCACUGGAGUACACAAAUGCCAGUCGGCUCGUACCUGCGCGUGGAACCGCUGUGCUACUCGCUGAACAACAAUGAAGUACCGCUUCUUACUAUAUCUGCUGAAGAUUCUCCAUCGAAUCCUAUCGUGGACCGCGAGAUAAUAUUCCUGACCGCGCGCGUGCACCCAGGCGAGAGCAACGCGUCGUGGGUGAUGGACGGUACGCUUGGUUGCCUGCUCGCCGACGCGGCGCCCGCCGCCGCGCUGCGCGCCAAGUACGUGUUCAAGAUCGUGCCUAUGCUCAACGUGGAGGGGGUCGUGAAUGGGUGCCAUCGGUGCGGCCUAACUAAUGAAGAUUUAAAUCGACGCUGGUGCAAACCCAGCCCUGUUUUGCAUCCUUCUAUCUACCACACAAAGGGGCUGAUUGAAUACUUAGUACGAGUUUGGAAGAAACCUCCUCUCGUAUACUGCGAUUAUCACGGGCAUUCGCGAAAGAAGAAUGUGUUUUUUUACGGAUGCGCGGGCGCAGAGAGUUGGUGCAGCAACGACCGGCUUGUACAAGAUGAACCUGUUAAAUACCUUAUGUUACCCGCCUUGAUGCAUCGUAUAUCACCCGCGUUCGCGCUGGGCUCGUGCUCUUUCCGCGUGGAGAGAGAGCGCGAGAGCACGGCGCGCGUCACCGUGUGGCGCCAUCUUGGCGUGACCCGUUCCUACACCAUGGAGGCAUCCUUCUGUGGCUUCGAUCGAGGACCAUUUAAGGGAUUCCAUCUGAACACGCAGCAUCUGCAGAACGUGGGCAGCGACUUCUGCGAGGCGCUUAACGGCCUGAACGAUAACGCGACCAACGUCGACAUACAGCUCACUAAGGAUAUUAACGGAGAAAUAGCAGUGGAUAGUGAGCCUGGCUCCGGAUCUGACAGCGUGUUAAAGACAGACUCCGAUGAAGACUUCGAUUAGAACCCCAGAAUAUAUUCUCCCCGAUACCAAUAUCACAAACCUUUAGUCGAUGGAAAUAAAUUUCCCUGUAUUGUAAUGAUACCUAGGUAUGUUUGUUGCGAAAAGUCUAAUGAUACUUAUGUCCCAUCCGCCGCAUCUUGUAGUCAUCGAGAGUCAAUACAGAUAAUGAAAAUGUCAAUUAGUAUUAUAACAUAUUAUGCAAUUUAUUCACCGCAAUGUGCAUUCAAGGGUAUGUAGUAGUAUAUUGUUCAUAAUCAUUUUUUCAAUAAACGCGUGGCGUUUGUACACUGUAUAUUUUUUAGUAUUUUUACUUUGUUAUAUAAGUUGCGUUUUACAUAAAUUGUUGUGAUUGCAUAGGAUCGUACUGCAAUGCUAUUGAUUUGGUGUGAUAUUUAUAAAUUAUUUUAACUAAGUGGCUUGUGAUCUCAGUAACUAAUAAAUUAUUAAAUCUU